CGAAAACACCAUUCAGUUUCACUGGUUGUCAGCUCCGCUCAAGACGUGUGAUUGUCGUAUCAAUAGCGUUUAGAGAUUUCUAAUUACAAAAUGGCUAGUGUCGCUGAUCUCCUGUCCCUGGAAAAUCCUGUCUUCCGCAAUGUGGCUCUCUGGACUGGGAUUCUGCUGCUCAAAAUGCUCUUGAUGUCUCCUCUCACUGCAUUCUUCAGAAUCAAAAACCGGGCUUUCAGCAGUCCUGAGGAUUUGAUGUUUGGAGGAAAAAAGGCCAAAGCUCCCAAGUAUGAUGAUCCAAGUGUGGAGAGAGUGCGCAGGGCUCAUCGAAAUGACUUGGAGAAUAUCCUGCCAUUCAUCCUGGCCGCCUUCUUCUACACCCUCACCAAUCCCACUCCAUUCCUCGCCAACAACCUCGUGAGAGUUGGAGCCCUCUCAAGAAUUGCUCACACCGCGGUGUACGCUUUUGGUCCGGUUCCUCAGCCAACAAGAUUCAUAGCUUUCGGCGUACCCUUGUUCAUAACUCUCUAUAUGGCGGUACAAACACUCAUUCACUUCAAGACUGCUACCGUUGAGAAGGCUCUCGAAAUGGUUGAAUUGAAGGAUAUUUUGUCUCCGGAAAAUGAGCUUUUCCGCACAUUUGCAUUCUGGUCUGUGGUGCUCAUCGUUAAAAUGUUUGCCAUGGUCAUCAUAACUGCAUACCAAAGGAGGAAAACCGGGACCAUGAGUAAUCCAGAGGACAUAUCUGUUGCUCCACCCGGAUCUAAGAUAAAAUUCGACGACCCCGAUGUUGAACGUGCAAGAAGAGCUCAUCGUAAUGACAUGGAGAAUAUUUACCCUUACAUCCUGCUCGGAUUCGGAUAUCUCUUGACAGAUCCCUCGCCCUGGUUCGCAACCCUCCUCUUCCGGACAGGAGCAAUUGCGAGGAUUGUAUUUACAAUUGUAUACAGCAUUCAUGUCGUUCCUCAGCCAACUCGUGCAAUUGCAUUCGGGACAUGCUUGGCAAUUUCACUGUACAUGGCAACACAAAUUAUUCUGUAUUUCCUUUAAUGCACAGAAUAAAAAGGAUUUAGAGUGGAAUAAAAAGUCAUUGGAAAA